AUUUCGUCGUGUGUAGUGUGAACUACACCCCUUUUUUUAUAUUCCUUUCACGCCUUCUAAACAUAUAAAUAUAUAUUGUUCGGUCUACAUUAACCUACUACCAACUUCAAUCUCUCUCUCUCAUCACCACUCAAUGGCAGCCAACUGUUUACCACCAACCGCCACUCUCUCCGGCGCCGCCACCACCACCACUCACCGCCGCUCUCCACCGUCCCCUGCCACCACCGUCAGUCCUUCAUCCGUCUCGUUUCACUUUCUAUCUUCUUCUGCAUCUCUCAAACCUCUCAGAUUAUCUCAUCAGAGGCGGUUGAAGGUUCGUGUGUCUGGUGGUGAUUUAGGUGCAGUGGUUGUUACCAAGUGUGUUGCGUCUGAUCCUGUGCAGAUUAAGAGUGCUAGAGAGGAUAUUAAAGAGCUGCUUAGAACUACCUUUUCUCAUCCUAUUUUGGUUCGCCUAGGAUGGCAUGAUGCUGGUACCUACAACAAAAAUAUUGAAGAGUGGCCUCAACGAGGUGGAGCUAAUGGAAGUUUAAGGUUUGAUGUUGAACAGAAACAUGCAGCCAAUGCUGGGCUUGUAAAUGCAAUGAAGCUUCUCCAGCCUAUCAAAGACAAGUAUGCAGGUGUGACUUAUGCGGACUUGUUUCAAUUGGCUAGUGCUACAGCUAUUGAGGAGGCUGGUGGUCCUAAAAUUCCUAUGAAGUAUGGAAGAGUUGAUGUCACUGGACCUGAACAAUGUCCAGAAGAAGGGAGACUUCCCGAUGCUGGUCCUCCUUCACCAGCUGAUCACUUGCGUGAUGUUUUCUACAGAAUGGGAUUGACUGAUAAGGACAUAGUUGCCUUAUCUGGGGCCCACACUUUGGGUAGGUCGCGACCAGAACGCAGCGGCUGGGGCAAGCCAGAGACAAAAUACACGAAAGAUGGGCCUGGAGCUCCAGGAGGACAGUCUUGGACAGUGAAGUGGUUACGCUUUGAUAAUUCAUACUUCAAGGACAUCAAAGAAAAAAGAGACGAGGAUCUACUGGUUUUGCCUACAGAUGCUGCUCUCUUUGAAGAUCCAUCUUUUAAGGUAUAUGCUGAGAAAUAUGCUGUAGAUGAAAAGGCAUUCUUUGAUGACUAUGCUGAAGCGCACGCUAAACUCAGCAAUCUUGGUGCUAAGUUUGAUCCACCUGAGGGAUUUACAAUUAAUGAUGAACCACCACCAGCUGCAGCUGCCACGCCUGAGAAGUUUGUAGCAGCCAAGUACUCGUCGGGAAAGGAUUAAUAUACCAAGAGAGUCGGUCAGUGUGUUGUUUUCUUAAAGCAUAUCUUUAAAAUAAAUGCAAGAAUGAAGCUAUGAAUGAAAUAAAAAGUUGGGAGUGAGUAAUAAUAAUGGAGAUGGUAACACACUCUGUUCAAUGAGGUUUGCUUAUCUGAAUAAUUGCAGAGCGGGCUUUCAGAUUCUAUGAAGCAGAAGAUCCGCGCAGAGUAUGAAGGGUUCGGCGGAAGCCCUGAUAAACCUCUCCAAACAAACUAUUUUCUCAAUAUUAUGAUUGUCAUUGCUGUUUUGGCAAUUGUGACAUCUCUUCUUGGUAACUGAUGGUUUGCUGCCUUUGUACAACUAAUUGAUCAACUAAAGAGAAAUGCAUUUUUGUGUGGUUUUGCUAUUGUUCA